AUGUCUUCCACUUCAGACAUCAGACACCAAUUAUGGGUCUUGGGACUGAUCCGCGCCACGGAAGCCAUCGCAUGGACAAGCACUUUUCCAUAUGCCUACUUCAUGAUUCGGUCGUUUGAGGUCCCCGAGCAUGACAUUGCCUUCUACGCUGGCGCCCUGGUAGCUGUAUUUACCUUUGGCGAAUUCCUGACUGGCGUCGUUUGGGCCCGGGUCAGUGACAGGAUCGGGCGGAAGCCGACCGCGCUGGUUGGCAUCUUCUGCGGUUUCGUUACGGCGUUUACUCUUGGGUUGUCGCGGUCUGUUGCUGUUGUCAUUGCCUCCCGCGCGUUUGGCGGACUAUUCAAUCCAAAUGUCGGCCUUGUAGUGAUGCUGUUUGUUAUAGCGAAGGCAUUCUCCCUCUUUUUGGGAGGGCUCCUCGCAGACCCAGCUGCCUUGUACCCGUCCAUAUUCCCCCCAAACUCCGCCUGGACCAGUUAUCCAUACCUCCUUCCAAACCUUGCAGUUAGCCUACUGCAAGUACUUACCUUCAUCCUCGCACUUCUCGUUCUGCAGGAGACCCAUCCCAGGAUGCGCGAUAUAAUCAAACAUGGCACAUACGCUCCGUUGGCGGAGGACGCUGCUGGUCUGGAAGCGGAAGUGAGCGCCACCGAAGAGCAUCCGCUCGAAGACUUCCAGAGAGAAGAAGAACAAAGGGAUGGCGCGCAGAAACGAGCCUUCACGUUUCAAGUGAUAUUGCAAAUCCUGGCAGUCUCCCUGCUUGCCUUCCACAAAGUAGCCUCGGAUUCUCUCAUGGGCACUUUUCUCGCCUUGGAUUCUGGAGGUAAUGGCGGUGACAACAAGUCAACUGCGGACGGAGCAGCAACCAGGGCCAACAUCUCGUUCCCGCAUUCCAGUGUUGGAUUCGGCUUCGACACGAGAACGAUCGGCAUCAUCUUCUUGACCGAAGCCAACUCCAGAGCGGCCAUUCAACCUACCGCAAUCCCUUGGUUCAUCUCCAAACUCGGGGCAUUGCGGGCUUUUCGCUGGGUUCUCGGUUUGUAUCCUGCCACGUACAUCGUGACGCCCUUCAUCCCCAAGAUACCUUCACCCUUCCACUUCGUUCUCUUGUUACUGGACCUGUGGAUCAAGGCGGCCUUUUCAUCAGUGGGAUAUAUCUGCUCUGCCGUCCUGUAA